UUAUUGUGCCCUUGCCCAGAGGGAGGGGCCUCCGCUUUCGCCCCUCCAGAACUCUGGCUGGCUGGGUCCCCACCCAUCCCCUGGGGCUGCUGCUGCCGUUGGGGGGGAGGGGCACGGGUCUGGCAAUCGGGCCGGGACUUGCAGCGCCAAACAGGCGAGGGGCCGAGUUCUCCGGCCAGUUUUGGGGGAGAGCAGUGGCAUCUUCAGGCCGGGACGUCACAGUUCAGCCAGAUGCCAGAAGCGACCUUGGGGAGAAAAACCUGAACCGGGACCUGGGAGGGUGUGGGCCGUCAGCUGUCUGGGAAGGAGCCCGCACAGGGCGGAGCCCGGCUACAGGGAGGGCCGAGAGUGCGGGGCCGCCCCCCACGCACUCCCGGCCUCGGCUCCCAGCCCGUGGAGAACGGGGUGGGGAGAGCUGGGUGGGAAGGGGCGUGCGCUAGCGCACGCGCUCUCCCGGGAGGGAGAGGUCUCCGAGCACAAGCGAGCGGCCCCAGUUUUCGGAAGGGAGCCUCUGGGCCGAGCCAAGGACCAGGGCACCAUGGCCGCCCUCCUGCUGCUGCCCCUGCUGCCGCUGCUGCUUCUGCCGCUGCUGCUACUGCUUCGGAAACUGCACCUCUGGCCGGGGCUGCGCUGGCUCGCCGCGGACUUGGCCUUCGCGGUGCGCGCCCUACGCUGCAAACGGGCUCUUCGAGCGCGCGCCCUGGCCGCGGCCGCCGCCGACCCGAGGGGCCCCGAGGGGGGCUGCAGCCUGGCCUGGCGCCUCGCGCAACUGGCCCGGCAGCGCCCUGCACACAUCUUCCUCAUUCACGGCGCGCGACGCUUCAGCUACGCGGAGGCCGAGCGCGAGAGCAACCGGGCUGCGCGCGCUUUUUUGCGCGCGCGGGGCUGGUACGCGGGGCCCGGCGGCGCAGAGGACGAGCGGGCCACGGGAGUUGCAGGCGCCGCGGCCCCUCUGGAACCCGGGGCCACCGUGGCGCUGCUCCUGCCCGCCUGCCCGGAGUUCCUGUGGCUCUGGUUCGGGCUAGCCAAGGCCGGCCUGCGCGCAGCCUUUGUGCCCGCCGCCCUGCGCCGGGGACCCCUCCUGCACUGCCUCCGCAGCUGCGGCGCGCGCGCGCUGGUGCUGGCGCCAGAGUUCCUGGAGUCCCUGGAGCCUGACCUGCCAGCCCUGAGAGCCUUGGGGCUCCGUCUGUGGGCCGCAGGCCCUGAAACCCAUCCUGCUGGAAUCAGCGAUUUGCUGGCCGAGGCCUCCGCUGAAGUGGAUGAACCAGUGCCUGGGUACCUGUCCGCCCCCCAGAGCAUAAUGGACACGUGCCUGUAUAUCUUCACUUCUGGCACCACGGGCCUCCCCAAGGCUGCUCGGAUCAGUCAUCUGAAGAUUCUGCAGUGCCAGGCGUUCUAUGAGCUGUGUGGUGCCCACCAAGAGGAUGUGAUCUACCUUGCCCUCCCACUCUACCACAUGUCCGGCUCCCUGUUGGGCGUUGUGGGCUGUCUAGGCAUUGGGGCUACAGUGGUGCUGAAGUCCAAGUUCUCGGCUGGUCAGUUCUGGGAGGACUGCCAGCAGCACAGGGUGACGGUGUUCCAGUACAUCGGGGAAUUAUGCCGAUACCUUGUCAACCAGCCCCCGAGCAAGGCAGAACAUGGACACAAGGUCCGGCUGGCGGUGGGUAGUGGGCUGCGUCCAGACACCUGGGAGCGUUUUGUGCGGCGCUUUGGGCCCCUGCAGGUGUUAGAGACCUACGGACUAACAGAGGGCAACGUUGCCACUUUCAACUACACAGGACAGCUGGGUGCUGUGGGACGUGCUUCCUGGCUUUACAAGCAUGUCUUCCCCUUCUCUUUGAUUCGCUAUGAUGUCACCACAGGGCAGCCGAUUAGGGACACCCAGGGGCACUGUGUGGCCACAUGUCCAGGUGAGCCAGGGCUGCUGGUGGCCCCAGUAAGCCAGCAGUCCCCGUUCCUGGGCUACGCUGGGGGGCCAGAGCUGGGCCGGGGAAAGCUGCUGAAGAAUGUCUUCCGGCCUGGGGAUGUUUUCUUCAACACUGGGGACCUUCUGGUCUGCGAUGACCAGGGCUUUCUCCGCUUCCACGAUCGUACCGGAGACACAUUCAGGUGGAAAGGGGAGAACGUGGCCACAACGGAGGUGGCAGAGGCUUUGGAGUCCCUGGAUUUUCUUCAGGAGGUGAACGUGUACGGAGUCACCGUGCCAGGGCACGAGGGCCGAGCUGGAAUGGCAGCCCUGGUUCUGCGUGCCCCCCACUCUUUGGACCUUGUGCGGCUCUACGCCCAUGUUUCUGAGAACUUGCCGCCGUAUGCCUGGCCUCGAUUCCUAAGGCUCCAGGAGUCUCUGGCCACCACAGAGACCUUCAAGCAGCAGAAGGUGCGGAUGGCAAAGGAGGGCUUUGACCCGAGUGCACUGUCUGACCCCCUCUACGUUCUGGACCAGGCUGGGGGUGCCUACCUGCCCCUCACAGCUGCCCGGUACAGUGCCCUCCUGGCUGGGGACCUUCGCAUCUGAGAGCCCCGCGUGCUCAGGUGCCGAGGGAGCAACUUUGUGGGUUGGGGCCACGGCACGCGCACCGGGGGCUGUCGGGACCUUUUUUAUAUCAGAUUUGGAAUCAUUGUUUUUUAAUAAACGGGGCCAGAGCUAGU